AUGAAAUUGCCAAAGAGCUUUGCCCGACGAAAGUCGUCUGGCAACGUUCUUGAAGACGUGGAAGCCCCCCAAUCCUCCUUUCGAGUCUUCGAGCGCCCGGGGCCCCAACGAUCCAUGACGGACGGUGCAGCAUUGUCCAAACAUCACAGUGAGGGCAAUGCGGUGCCGUCGGCGCUGGAAGACUCCGAGAACAUAUUUGCCGAACCCGGGCGACCCCUGGACAAGCGGUAUGAACGUCCCUCAACCAUGGAUUCUCUCAGGAGACGGCUGACGGGGAACCGUGACAGUGGCAAUUACGAAAGUUCUACGUCAACCAGGCUAAGCUCUUCCUCCACCCUUCCAUCCUCCACAGAGGUACCUCCACCCGACGACACCCAAUCCCCACAUUCUAGGAUCCACGAUGUGCCCGCUCCACCACAGCUCUCGAGUGCCCUGCGCGCUGCCGGCCGGACGUUCUCUUUUGGUGGACGUUUCGGCAAGUCUGCACCCCCUCGUCAACAAACCCCAGACGCGGCCAAGAACCGUCCUGUGACGGGUAGCACUGAUAGCACAGCGACGCCGCCUAAGUUGCCAGACACAAACUUCACGAUGGAGUCUCAGGACGACUUCAACAAGAUGUUUGACAACAUGGGUUCCUCUGUGCGUGGGAAAUCCCCUCAGCCAAACAAGUACUCUUCGUCUCCCCCGACCCAUGUUCUUCCCGAGUUCCAAGUUAGCAGGGCAGGGGCACCUGCUCCCAUCAACACCGACCGCUCAACCGCCGUUGAAUCUCCUCCUUACUCUUGGGCUAGUCGCCCGUCCGAAGAGGGUCUGCUACAUGACCGUGAUACCAUACCCGAAGAACAGUCCCUGGGUACAAUUGCUGGGUUCCGCAGGCCAUCGCCAGGUCCGAAUCACCUCUCGGAAACCGCCACAACUUCCCAUCGUUCUUUGGAGCGUCCUUCGAGAGGCCGAUCAGAUCGGGGAGGACUUCGUAGGAGUGGGGUAUACUCACAAAACCGAGAGUCCAUGCCCUUUGACGAUGAAGAUGCCAAAAUGGUUCGUCAAUCUCUCAUGUGGAGCAAGGACACAUCGCCCUUGGCCGAGGGUGCCACCUCGAGCUCAUACAUGGACAAGGGCAAAGCGCCUGUAUACGGAAACGCGAACUCCGAACCCGAAAAUAUGUUCCAGUAUCGUCGGUCGCCCCCUCCCGCGGACAGGCUGGACCCUGCCAUUGCGGAUAACGCGCGUUUGGCCGCCCGGUUCGCGGAAAGCAUGCCUAAGUCGACGUCCCCGGGCAACAAGGUGAUGACUCCAUCUCAGUUCGAGCAUUAUCGUCAGCAGCAGGAACUUCGACGGUCUAAUAGUGACGCGUCGAAGAGUGACGCAGAGUCCGAUCAUGAUGAGUUCGACGACGAAGAAGACGAGGUGGAGAAGCAGCGCGAGACAGAACGGCAACGGCGAAAGCAGGAGGCCCACCUCUCUGUGUAUCGUCAACAGAUGAUGAAGAUCACUGGCCAGCAAGCACCCAUGCACUCGCUACGUCCACCCAUGAGCGGGGCUAGCAACAGCACGCCCAAUCUGCUCCCGAGUCGCUUGUCUGUCAUGGGUGAUAAAUCCAACAGUGGCAAGAGCAGCGAGGAAGAAGACGAUGACGUCCCAUUGGGUAUCCUAGCAGCGCAUGGAUUCCCAGGCCAAAACCGCCCUCCUACCCGCCUGAAUAACGUCAGCUCCAACCCCAACCUCCGUGCAUCCAUGCAACCACCCUAUAUAUCGUCCUCUAGCUCGGUCUCCGGAGCUGAAAACAGCGGAAGCCGAGGUAGCUUGCCUCCAUUUGCAAGAAACCUGCCGCGGGACCCUUACUACGGCGCCGGUAUCGUGAACAACGCCAACCGCGAAUCGCUCGCACUUGGAGGCGGUUCCGGCUCGGUAUAUGGAGGAUCUUCGUCUCCAGCGCCUCCCCCAGGAGGACUGGUCGGUGUUAUCGCGAAUGAGGAGCGACAACGGGCAAUGCGCCGAGGAAGCCCGAACACACAAGCCAUACGCGACAUGGGAAAUGUACCACGGCCAUACUCCAUGAUGCCGGGAAUGCAGGGGAUGCCGGGGAUGCCGCAACCCGUAUCACCUGGCGAGCAAGCAUCGAUCCAGCUCUCCCAGCAAAUGACAGACAUGAUGCAGAUGCAGAUGCAGUGGAUGCAGCAAAUGAUGCAAAUGCAAGGCGGCCAGAUGGUGCCGAACAUGCCAAUGCCCCCGAUGAUGAUGCCCCCGAUGUCCAUGAAUGGUUCCCCCUCAGGAACCCCCUCCAUGUCCGGUCCGAACAUGCGCCCGAUGUCUAUGCCCGCUGGAUCCAUGCUCAAUGUUCCCUUCCAAAACACCGACCCGCGCACCCUCAACAUGCUAGAUCCCAACAUCUCCACCCGCCGCACCGGCUCGCCAAUGCCCAAUCUCUCCGGCAAUGCAUUCCGCCCCCAGACAGGAUACGCGCCCUCCAUUGCGCCCUCCGAACGCAGCACCGCGGGAAUGGCAUCCCGGUACCGCCCCGUCUCCGUCAUGCCUGAUUCCAGCUCCAACAAAUGGGGCGACGAAAAUACUGCUCCCUCUAUGAUGAACUCGCAAUCGCAUCCGAAAUCACACCUCGCCACGGUGACUGUUCGCCCUGUCUCGCAAAAUAGUCAUGCGCACGCCGGUGCCAAGAAAGCUGGCUCGGACGAGGAAGACGACGACGACGAGGCGUGGGCUGAGAUGAUGAAGAAGCGCGAGAAAAAGAAGAGUAGCUGGAAGUUGAAGCGGGGUACAUCGUCGUUCGGUGAUCUGCUCAGCGCUGUUCACUGA